UUCCCCUACACCAGACCAAAGACGUGAUGUUUCCCGUGCAAUCAUCACUAAAUAUCCCUUUCUUGCAGAUGCUGGUGGUGGCUAUGUAAGUAUUUUAUUUUGUAUCUCAAUUCUGUAACUUACAUUUGAUAUUACAUGUGAACGUAUGUUUUUAUUUUAAAGCAAGUUUCAAGAGCAUAUUUUUAUUUUAAAACUAGUAUUCUUUGAUUAGUUGUUCUCAUAUAUAACUUGAAAUAGUGGCCUGCCAAUGGUGAAAGGCAGGCCAUAGUGCAUUUCAUAAAUGGCCAGCAGAAGAACAUUGACUUGUCAAGUCAAAAGUAAAUUGGCAGGCACAAUUUAAUGUACAUUUUGUUUACCCCAUACUAUAGUCCUGAUUUUUUAGUGUUAAUUACAAGAGUGACACUAUUUGCAAUACAAAUGACAGGUUAUAUAUUUUUAUAUUUUGAUCCCUGAUCAUAUACUCGUCAGGGGGAGAGUGCUGCCACUCAAUGGGUUAACCCAUUAACUCAAAUGCGCCCUACUUUGCGCCCAAAUGCGCCCUACUUUUAGUGUUUACUCUGUCUAACGCCAGAUGAUUUUACUCGUCAGUGGUAGAGUACUGCAAGUUAAUGGGUUAAGUGGCAUUGUGCCCUGAUUUGCCCUACUUCAUCAUUUUACUUUGUUUAAUGCCGGACAAGUUUACUCGUCAAGGAGAGAGAAUCUGUCACUCAAUGGGUUAAUAAAUGUUACUUUACAGUGUGUACUAUUUUUGCAAUGCACCUUUUCACAUUUUGGCAGUUCACACUCUUUCAAUAUGUGGCCACUGAUUAAUAUUACCCAAUAGAAGUUUAUAAAUUACUUGGCAGCCCCUUUAGUGAUGCAGCAGUACACCUCUUCUGUAAAAUCACCUUAUGUGCUUUUAAUGUGUAAGCCAUGAUUCAAUUUUUAAAUUAAGUAUUUAUGUAUUAUUUUAUUAAAUUAUACUGUAUGAUCUCUUUUUAGGAAAUUUGGUAUAGAUAUCUUGGAGACAAGAUUAAAAAUGAGCUAAGAAACGAAAAGAGUGAUCCUGUUGUCCUUGCAAGGAAACGAAAAAAUGCUGAUGGGCAUAAGAACUCCACAAAAGUGAGGACUGUUGUCCGGAGAGGCAUUGUCAACUGGGCACCACCUACAAUUGAUGGAGAAGAUGAAGCUUCAUGCAGAGCCCAUAUUGUGUGGAUGCAGAAAGAAAGAAAGAAAAGACAGCACAACCAAGACCUUGUAGGCAAGAAAAUGGAAUUGACCUGUUCCUUCAGGCGAUAGAUGAUCAAUGGACAAAAACAUUUACUGAAGGACAUUCGAGAAAAGUAUCCUUUCUUUUUUGAGAAAAACCAGGUAAGUAUUUAUGACAUAAUCGUCUAAAAAGUGUAUUGUCAAAACGCAGCUGAAACAGGGUAUUAAUUAGUGCAGAUAAAUUGAUUGGCAAAUUUUCUUAUUGAUAAUUUCUGUAAAGAACAUUUAAUACGAGGCCUGCACGCAGGCGACGAUCUGAACCUAAACUCGGGCUAGUCACGUGACUGAGCACAUUGUUUUUGUGAACGAACACUUUAGAUAUGUUUGUAAGUUUGUAUAUUUGUAAGUGUGUUUGUUGAAGAAAUAUAUGGAUUAUGUAAACAGAGUUUCGGCUAUAAUUCAUUACAUGGCGCCCAACGUGGGCCAAGCGAAAAUUUGAGCGAUAUUAUGGCUGAAACGAAGGAUAAACUCGAUUGAUUGAGGGCGAAACGAGGCAGUUAUCGUGAGGAAACCGAGGAAAUAAUUCAUGCGGAUGAAAUUGAUUACAAUAGAUGCGAGGUUAUUCGCUCUUUACUGGAAGAAAAAUCGAAAAUAUUAAUGGAUAUAGACGAGGAAAUAUUGGGAAUAUGCGAAAUUGCGAGUAUUGAAUACGAGAUCGAAGAAUCAGCAGACGUUAUGGGACGAAUACUCAGUGCAAAACGUAAACUUGAUAAGGUGAAACUCGAAGCGAAGAAAACAGGAAAUACAAAGGCCUCAACGGUGACAAUUCAACACAAAAAUGGAAAUAAUAUUGCGACGACAAGCAGCAAAAAUUCGAGCGAAGUUACGAUCCACAUGAGCGAUGGGGUGGAAUUAUUAAUGCGAGCAAUGGUCCACCGGAAGUUGGUAGUAUGGGGGAACAUGGGGCAACAGCAUCGAAUCAAAUUUUGGUAUCUUCUUUAAAACCUAAGUUGCCAAAACUCACAUUGCCCAAAUUUAAGGGUCAAGUGACCAAAUGGGGUCCUUUUUGGGACUCAUAUAAUUCGGCUAUACACAAUAACAGUGUAAUUUCGAAGAUCAACAAAUUCAAUUAUCUCAUUUCCUUACUUGAAGGUGCAGCCCUACAUGCAAUCCAAGGUUUAACAUUGACUACAGCAAACUAUGAUGCAGCAAUCGAAAUUCUAAAGGACCGUUUUGGGAGACCCCAACAAAUAAUCACAGCCCAUAUGGAUGAGAUCCUGAAAAUAGCAGCAUGCACCAGUGAACGAUUGGCUUCACUACGCUUUGUAUAUGACAGUCUUAGUAUUCAUGUACGGGCUCUACAGUCCCUUGGCAUAUCAUCAGAUCAGCAUGGCAGUCUUUUGAUACCCAUCAUAAUGGCAAAAUUACAGAAUGAUAUUCGACUUGAAAUAACAAGAAAGUCUGCCAGUGGUGUGUGGAAAAUCGAUGAAUUAUUGAACACAAUUAAGUUUGAAGUGGAAGCAUGGGAGGCUAGUGAAGCAGCUAAGACAAGUACCAGUGGCCCCUACAAUCAAAGAAAUGAAGAUGGCAAUCAAAGUCAUGCCAGAGAUCCAACAGCAACUGCAUUGUUUGCAGCACAAGGUGGCAUGAAGGGCAAAAUACAGUGUGUUUAUUGUGGCAAAUAUCAUUAUUCGGCUUCAUGUGAGAAAGUCACGAGUAUCAAUGAACUAAAGGGAAUUUUAAAACGGAAUAGACGGUGCUUUGUGUGUUUGCAACGAGGUCAUCGGACAAGAGAAUGUAACAAGGUCAAUAAUUGUAGGAAGUAUCAAGGAUCACACCAUCAAUCGAUUUGUGCAACAGAUCACUCAAGGCAUGAAAACAAGGAGAAACCAGCAGACCAGAACGUAGAAGGUGCAACAGCAAAGAGUGAGACAUCUUUGAACAAACCCGAACAAGUUAUAAGUACGACGGCCAACACAGGACACAGUGUCAGGGGUGCAACCCAAGUCUUACUACAGACAGGAACUGUCUAUGCUCUUAACACAGAGAAUUCCAGAAGUGUAAAGGUUAGGGUUCUCUUUGACUCAGGAAGUCAGCAAAGUUAUGUCACCAGUAGUUUAAAAUCGAGAUUAGGUCUGUCUACCAGGAAAAGAGAAACAGUGCAUUUGAACACGUUUGGUGAAGAACAGUUUAAGAAACAAAGUUGUAAAAUGGUUGAGCUAGGCAUUCAAGGAUUACAUUUACGAUGACGAAGAAUCGGUUUCCUAUGCGCUCUCACCAUCACAAUUAAUUAACAGACGACGUAUUUGUUCGAGACCAAACAGCCAACAUUACAAGAUCGUUAGCACAAACGCAUCAUUAACCAAAAGAGCCAAGGCAUCACAAGCAGAUCUUGUGUCAGUUUACAACGCGUUGGCGAAAGGAAUAUACGCGAGAAUGCACAAGUGAACGGGAAACAUAAAAAAACGGAACAGCUUAAGGAAGGUGAUAUCGUUAUAGUUAAGAAUGACAAAACGAACAGGAAUUUCUGGCGACUCGGAAAGAUUGAGGAACUCAUAUCAGGUGAUGAUGGAAUGGUUCGUGCGGCCAAGGUCAGGGUUAGUAACGAGAACGGAAAAUCAGACGUGUUAAGAAGCUCUAUUCAACAUCUAGUGCCUCUGGAAGUUGGUCAAGAUUCCAACGUAGAUGAGAUCAAACUGAACCAAAAUGAGAAAUUGACGGUUGUGGAAGAUUCAAGAGAAAACCGCAGUCGACCUCGACGUGCAGCAGCAAUUGCCAAUGAACUUCUAAGAGGAGAACUCUUGAAGAAUAAGUUGAUUUAA